ACAUUAAUUGCAUGGCAAUGAGAGUUAGUUGGAACCGUUUUCUCCACACAUUCUAUGAGGCCAGUAGUUGGGCUUGGUUUCCUAGUACAUCUUCUUCCUUAAAAGGACCCCUCCCAAUACAACUUGUCAUAUACUACACUUGCACAAAAUCACACUACUCUCUAGAUUUGUGCAAAUCUAAUCUCUCUCUAGAUUUCACUUCAAUUUAUGCGGCUGUCUAGGCUAAGGGUGUGUUGAAAUAACCCCGGGGAGUACUCGUGUUGCGCCCCUUUAAAAAGCCGAUAAAAAGAGAGAGGGUGUGUUGAAAUGGGGAACUGCUCAUCUGGUGAGAAAGCAGAGGGAAUGUGCUUUGGAAGCAGCCCGCACAAGUCUCUGCACAACAAUGGCUGCCGCACCAGCAAGAAGAUCAACGGGAAGGUGGUUUUGAUGAAGAAGAAUGCUCUCGACUGGACGGACUUGGGGGCCUCGUUUGUCGACCGGGUUUACGAGUUACUGGGGAGAGGUGUUUCACUGCAACUUAUCAGUUCACUUCGUGGCGACCAAGCUAUUGAAAAUCGAGGGACACUCGGAAAACCAGCGUACCUUGAAAACUGGAAUACAAAAAUCUCGGUGAUGGAUGGAGAUGACUCGUUCAACGUCACUUUCGAUUGGGAUGAGUCUGUGGGUAUACCGGGUGCUUUCAUCAUAAGAAACCACCACCACAGUCAGCUCUACCUGAAGACAGUGACCUUAGAAGAUGUACCAGGGCAUGGUCCAGUCCAUUUUGUCUGCAGCUCCUGGGUUUACCCAGCAUAUCGCUAUAAACAUGACCGCGUCUUCUUUGCAAAUAAGACCUAUCUCCCAAGUGAUACACCAGAACCACUGCGAUAUUAUAGGGAGCAAGAAUUGAAUGAUCUACGAGGAACCGGUUCGGGCAUGCUCAAGGAGUGGGACAGAGUAUAUGACUAUGCAUACUACAACAAUUUGGGAUUGCCAGACAAGGGCCGGGAGUAUGCACGUCCAGUGCUUGGAGGAUCUCAGGAAUACCCAUAUCCCCGUAGAGGGAGAACUGGCCGCGCGCCAACAAAAUCUGAUCCUAACACAGAAAGCAGAUUGCCACUUCUGAGUUUGGACUUUUAUGUCCCGAGCGAUGAACGCUUUGACAAAGUGAAACUGUCAGAUUUCCUUGCCUAUGCACUUAAGUCUGUCGGACAACUACUGCUGCCGGAAAUUGCAUCUUUCUUUGAUAAGACUCCAAAUGAGUUCGACACUUUCCAAGAUGUACUAAACCUAUACGAAGGUGGUAUUAGGUUGCCAAAUGGGAUCAAUCACAAGGAAAUAAGGGCUUGUAUCCCUGGGGAGUUUUUUAAGGAACUUGCCCGUUCUGACGGUGAGCGGUUCCUCAAAUACCCAAUGCCCGACGUAAUCAAAGCGGAUAAAUCUGCUUGGAGGACAGAUGAAGAGUUUGCACGAGAAAUGGUAGCCGGAGUGAACCCUGUUGUCAUCCGUUGCCUCCAAGAGUUUCCACCAGCUAGCAAGCUAGACCCUAUGGUAUACGGUAAUCAAACCAGUUCGAUGACCAGAGAGCAGCUUGAGAAGAACAUGAACGGACUAAUAGUAGAUCAAGUAAUUAAGAAUAAAAAGCUGUUCAUAUUGGAUCAUCAUGAUGCACUAAUGCCAUACCUGAGACGGAUAAACUCUACGUCCACAAAGACCUACGCCACCAGAACAAUUCUUUUACUUCAAGACGACGGAACUUUGAAGCCAUUGGCGAUUGAAUUAAGCUUACCACAUCCACAAGGGGACCCAAAAGGCGCCACCAGCCAAGUCUUUACUCCAGCAGAGCAUGGCAUUGAAGGUUCAGUUUGGCAGCUUGCAAAAGCUUAUGCUGCUGUAAAUGAUUCAGGCUAUCAUCAGCUCAUUAGCCACUGGUUGAACACCCACGCAGCCAUAGAGCCAUUUGUUAUCGCGACAAAUAGGCAGUUGAGCGUGCUUCACCCAAUAUAUAAGCUCUUGCAUCCACAUUGCCGUGACACAAUGUAUAUAAACUCCUUGGCUCGACAGAUCGUCAUCAAUGCCGGCGGUGUGCUUGAGACAACAGUUUUUCCAGCAAAAUAUUCGAUGGAAUUGUCUGCUGUUAUUUACAAGAACUGGAAUUUCACCGAGCAGGCACUUCCAGCUGAUUUGCUCAAAAGAGGGGUGGCAAUUCCAGACUCGACACAACCACAUGGACUCAGGCUUUUGAUAGAGGAUUACCCAUAUGCCGUUGACGGACUUGAAAUCUGGUCAGCAAUCGAAACUUGGGUCCGCGAAUACUGCUCUUUUUACUACUACACCGACGAGUUAAUACAAGGUGACUCUGAACUCCAAUCGUGGUGGAAUGAGGUCCGCAAUGUGGGCCAUGGAGACAAGAAGGAUGAGCCGUGGUGGCCAGAGAUGAAGACCCGAACGGAGCUCAUCCAAACAUGCACCAUUAUCAUAUGGGUUGCUUCUGCCCUUCAUGCGGCAGUCAAUUUCGGUCAAUGGCCUUAUGCGGGUUAUCUCCCUAACCGCCCAACUGUUAGCCGCCGGUUCAUGCCGGUGCCGGGGACUCCUGAAUAUGCUGAGCUUGAAUCCAACCCUGACUCAGUGUUCCUCAAAACAAUCACGGCUCAGUUCCAAACCUUACUUGGCAUAGGCCUGAUAGAGAUUCUGUCCCGCCAUUCAGCAGACGAGGUUUAUUUAGGACAGCGAGACAGUUCUGACUGGACUUCGGAUGUCCAACCUCUUGAAGCAUUUGGAAGAUUUGGAAGGAAGCUGGUGGAAAUAGAAAAUAGUAUCACGGUGAAGAACAAUGACAAGAGAUGGAAGAACCGAUUAGGGCCUGUCAAAGUGCCAUACACCUUGCUGUAUCCUAGCACAUCGGAUUCCCAGAGAGCUAUCGGACUUAGUGGCAUGGGAAUUCCCAACAGUGUCUCGAUAUAGAUUUUUCCGAAGCAAUUUUAAAACCAGUAUCUCUAAACCUAUAUAAGUUGUAAGUAUCUUCUACAAGUCAAUAAAGUUUGGUUUUGUAUA